AUGCAGGAAAAAUUCGAGCCAUUAAAGAACGACCUUCUGCUCAGAGCCGCGAGAGGCGAGCAAGUCCCGCGCCCACCAAUAUGGGUUAUGCGGCAGGCCGGCCGCUACCUCCCGGAAUACCAUGAAGCCAAAGCGAACCGCGACUUUUUCGAAUGCUGCCGCACCCCGGAAAUCGCAUCCACGCUGACUCUCCAGCCCAUCGAGCGGUAUGAGGGGCUGAUUGAUGCCGCUAUCAUCUUCUCGGAUAUUCUGGUCAUCCCCCAAGCGAUGGGAAUGCAGGUUGAGAUGGUGGACAAGAAGGGCCCCCACUUUCCGGAGCCGCUGAAGUCGCCCGACGACGGACAAUACGAGAAGGUGAUGCAGAAGGAGGUGGAUGUUAAGGAGGAGCUGGACUAUGUGUACAAGGCCAUCACCCUCACUCGGCACAAGCUGAAGGGCCGGGUGCCUCUGAUCGGCUUCUGCGGCGCGCCGUGGACUCUGCUGUGCUACAUGGUUGAGGGCGGCGGCACCAAGAUGUUUGUGCAGUCGAAGACGUGGAUCUACAAGUAUCCCAAGGAGUCGCAGGCGCUGCUGCAGAAGAUCGCCGAGAUCUGCGUUGAGUAUCUGGCUUUGCAGGUCGCGGCGGGAGCACAGCUGGUCCAGGUGUUUGACUCGUGGGCCGGAGAGAUGUCUCCUGCGACCUUCAAGACCUUUGCGCUUCCGUAUCUGCGGUACAUCUCUGCUAAUCUCCCCAAGAAGCUUGAUGAGAUGGGUCUGGAGCGGGUUCCCAUGACGGUCUUCGCCAAGGGAGCGUGGUAUGCUCUCGAGGAUCUCUGUGAAUCCGGCUACAACGUUGUCGGCCUUGACUGGCUGCAUGAUCCUGCCGAAGCUAUGAACAUUGCCAAUGGUCGGGUAACGAUCCAAGGCAAUGCUGAUCCUGGUGUGCUCUACGGUGGCCGCGCAGCUAUCACUGAAGCCGUUGAAAUCAUGGUCAAGGGCUUCCGGGGUGGCAAGCAAGGGUGGAUUGCGAACUUGGGCCACGGUAUCACGCCUUUUGUAAAACCGGAUGACCUCAAGUUCUUCUUCGAGGAGAUCCACCGUUUGACGGUAUAG